AUGGCGGAGGGAGGCCCCGACUGCCCCCCGUACCUCCCUGUCGUCCGCUGGGUAGCUGAUAAUUUCUGUGUGAGUGAAGGAUGCACUGUUCCCCAUCGGCUAGUAUAUGAAUUAUAUCUGGAAAGCUGCAGUCCAGAUUCCAAGUACCAAGUAAAUUCAGCCACCUUUGGAAAGCUUAUUCGGUUAGUUUUCCCAGGCCUGAGGUCAAAAAGGCUGGGCCCAAGAGGGAGUACCAGGUAUCAUUAUAUUGGAAUAACUAUCAAGAAGAACUCUUCCUUUUAUGCACGUUAUUGCUGUCUUCUGUAUGAAAAUAAUGACCACAGGUACUUGUCUGCAGGGGAAGCCAGCAGCUCUGCCUGCCAGCCCAGUACCUCUGCGGGCACCGGGUGAGACGCCUGCAGUUAUGGAGAUGCAGCUGGUCGCAAGAGCAACAGCAAAAAAACCCGAACGAGCAAGAAUUUGCACUGUUCUCCAUCUGUCAUUUAUCUGAAGAGUAAACGGAAGAGAUUUCAGUACCUGUGGGCUGAAUUCAGCAGAUCCUGUCUUAGGGAGCAAGACCUAGGGAAGACAUACCCCUACGAAAUGGUUGUACUGCUUGCCCAUGAGUACUGCAGCCAUUGCCAACAUCUUUUACACAUGGUGAGGAACAGCAAGUUCAACAAGGUGGAAGGCUGUAUCAUGUCAUUCUGGAAGUCUCUGCGGCCUGAAAUAAUACCACUGAUGUCCUUGCCAGAUGUAUGCCAGAUGUUGAAAAGCUAUGAUAGGCAGCUAUUCAAGGAAAUGGAGAAGAUCCUACUUGAUGAUUUCCUGGAGGAGGUGCCUAUACAACACAUGAGGUCAAUCAGAUUGUUCAGUAAAAAUGUUAAACUUUGGCUGCUUAAUGCUUUGGUAGAUUUUCCAUUACCACUCCAAACAUCUAAAUCUGAAGAAGUUACAGUGUUUAUAAAAAGACUGAGGAGAAAGACAGACCUUUCUAACUUGGCCAAGACAAUGAGAGCAGUCUUGGAGAACAACAGCAAAGUCACUGUUCUGCGAUCAGGCUUGCAUGUUGUCAUCGAUCAGGGAUUUCUGGAUGUGCCUGGAAUCCUCUUUCAAAACAAGCUUAGGAAUCUGGAGGAGCUGCAGAACAACAUAGAACUGAAAUGUUUGAAGGACUUGGUGUCUUUGCUGUCACGUUUCACAGAUAUUCAGCUUCUCCUGGAAUGUGUGGCUUCAAAUCUUCAAGCUUUUUUCACUGAGCCAAGCAGGAGUAAAGAGGAGUUUAGAGAAGCGGCAUCAGCUUUUCAGUUGAGAUGGAGCUUCCUGCUGAGUGGAGUAAGCAAGGCUAUGACCCUCAACUGCUCAGGCAGUUUUGGAUCCUGGCAUUUGCUUAGUAUGCUACUCAUGGAUUUUGUGGCUCACGUUUUCCUGUCCUAUCUAGAGAAGGGAGAAGAAGACCUCUGGGUCCCAGUGCAGAAUGAAUCGGCUGUUCUUUGUGUUUAUGACCCCAGCCACCUUGGGGGCUAUUUUUCAGAGCAGUGGCCUCAAGCCAGUGCUCCACAGGCAGCUCUCAUAACUUCGAUGGAGAACCAGAGUAACUCUGGAAUAAGCAAAACUUUUCCAGAUUUCUGAGUUGUUCGGUGUACACAGCCACAGGC